AUUCCCAUCUUCUCGGUAUAUAAAUACGACUCCACCCUUCACUGUCUUUCAUUCAAAAGAUUUUAGAUCAAGUGUCCUAUAAACAGAGGUCCUGUACUCGUUGGGAAAAGAAAUGGCUGAAGCAUACCGUUUAAACAUAUGGGAAGGCUAUGUAGAUUGGAGGAACAGACCAGCUCUCAAAGGCUGCCAUGGUGGUGUGCUUGCUGCCUCCUUUGUGCUAGUUGUGGAGGUACUGGAGAACAUGGCAUACCUGGCCAAUGCAAGCAAUCUUGUUCUCUAUCUGUCGAAGUUCAUGCAUUUUUCUCCAUCACGUUCUGCAAACAUAGUUACCAACUUCAUGGGCACAGCCUUCCUGCUGGCUCUCCUUGGAGGUUUCUUAGCUGACGCUUUCUUCACCAGUUAUUGCAUCUAUCCAAUAAGUGCAACAAUAGAAUUCACAGGCCUGCUAAUACUCACGCUGCAAGCUCACACAUCCUCUCUGAAACCACCAAUCUGCACAUCAGCCAAUAAGAACACUCCGUGCAAGCAAGUUGAUGGGGGAAAAUCAGCACUACUGUUUACAGGCCUGUAUCUGGUGGCAUUGGGUGUUGGUGGGAUAAAAGGUUCUCUUCCUCCACACGGAGCUGAGCAGUUUGACGAGACUACCCCAAAGGGAAGGAAACAAAGAUCAACGUUCUUCAAUUACUAUGUUUUCUGCCUCUCCUGUGGGGCUUUAAUUGCCGUGACAUUUGUAGUGUGGAUGGAAGACAACAAAGGCUGGCAAUGGGGUUUUGGGAUCUCCUCUGCGACAAUAUUAAUCUCUAUCCCAAUCUUCCUCCUUGGCUCCCCUAUUUACAGGACCAAAAUUCCUCAUGGAAGCCCUAUUACAACCAUCUUCAAGGUUUUGGCUGCAGCAAUUUACAACAGUUGCACGUCUAGAAAUUCCAGCAACGCUGUUGAGAGCAUGAGCACAAGCCCAUCCUGUACAACUGGUACCAGCGAAGAAGAAGGUCAUGACAAAGAAAAUGCACAAACUCAAACUGUAACACAAGAAUUGAAGUUCCUUGAUAGAGCAGUGGUAAGCAAGCCCAUCCACCCAAUGCUAGCAUGCACUGCAAAACAAGUCGAAGAAGUGAAAAUUGUAAUUAAGAUCAUACCCAUCUUCAUGUCUACCAUUAUGCUCAACUGUUGCCUCGCUCAGCUCUCCACAUUCUCCGUCCAACAAUCAGCCACCAUGAACACCAGGAUUGGCUCCUUAAGAGUUCCACCAGCUUCUCUACCUGUAUUUCCUGUCCUCUUCAUGAUUGUCCUCGCACCCGUCUACAACCAUAUCAUCGUCCCAUUUUCCAGGGCAGUAACCAAAACCGAAAUGGGUAUCACUCAUUUACAACGAAUUGGGACAGGGCUAGUUCUUUCUAUCGUGGCCAUGGCCGUUGCAGCUCUGGUUGAAAUAAAGCGAAAAAGGGUCGCAGUCCAAUCUGGUCUUGUGAACUCCACUGAACCUCUUCCCAUCACAUUCCUUUGGAUCGCUUUGCAAUACUUGUUUUUAGGGUCGGCUGAUCUCUUUAGCUUGGCUGGCAUGAUGGAAUUCUUCUUCACAGAAGCCCCCUUUAGCAUGAGAUCUUUGGCCACAGCUCUGUCAUGGGCCUCAUUAGCAAUGGGGUACUACCUCAGCUCAGUACUCGUAACCUUAGUCAACAAUGUCACUGUUACCUUCCAGCACAAACCAUGGCUCUUUGGUAGCAACUUGAAUCAUUAUCACCUCGAAAGGUUUUACUGGUUAAUGUGCAUAUUAAGUGGACUGAAUUUUUUAAAUUACCUCCUUUGGACUAGGCGCUACCAGUAUAGAUCAACAAAGCCCGACAAUCAGAAGGAAAUUCAACCACUGAAUCAGUCCACAGAGGUCUGAUUGCCCCUAUUAUGUGUUUUAUUGUAUAUUGAUCAUCCAUAUCUACAAAAUUGAGAGAGAGAGAGAGAGAGCACCAGCUGAUACUGAUUAGAUUAGAGAUAGUCCAAUGCUUCUAAUUAAUGGUUCUUCUGCUAUCAUGAAUCUAGGAUGUUAUCUUCCUCAUUCCUAUUGAUAUUUGUAAAUUGUAAGAAUAUCAAUUGUUUAUAAGUAAUAACUACAGCAGAUCUUGUAAUACUAGGACUACAAGUAUUCAUGUUCUCA